UGUAAAAUGUCCAAUAUUGAUCUCCCCCAGCGCUUUAACCACGACAAAUUAUCACCCUUGGGAGGAGUUAUUUUGCCUAUAAAGGGUGCAGGCUGUUGUCGGGCCCAACAGUGUUUCACCCACCCACUCGUGGCCAAGCCCAGCUUCUGCCCCAGCUGGUGGUGUUGGUGCUCAGGACCAUGCAGAGUUCAGGCUUGCUGCUUCAGCUCAUGUGUGCCAGUGCUGUCACCUUCAUUUGCUGCGGUCAGGCAUGGAGUGACGACGCAGCCGCGGAGGGGACAGGAUCCUCCGAAAAACAGCUGGUGGAGGCUAUGAAUGAAAUCCUAGGAAGGUUUCAAAGCAGGUUCCCGUCCCUCGAGAGGCGGGGAACCCUCCCGACGUGCGGGGUGGGCCAGCGCUGCGCCAUGAGACUCGGACCCCGGAUCGGGAGGCUCUGUGACUGCAGCCGAGGAGGUCACUGCAACUCCUACCUCCUCAAGUGCAUCUAGAGCCCCUGCUCUUCCUCAUCCACCCGGGAACCACCCUGCUCAUCAGACACAAGCACUGAGAAGGACAUUCCUCGCUCUCAUUCUGGGCCACCCCCCCCCCCCCCCAGGGGCAAGGGAGCAUUUAGACAGACGACAGCUGGCCACAGAUUUCAUCGCCAGAUGAUUCCGGCAACUUCUUCAUCAGAAAAGCAUUUUCUGCAUGUUGUUAUGGUUGGUUUUUUUCUUCUUUUUAGAUUUUUUUCGUUCUGGAAAAAUCUAUUGUGAAAAAAAUUGCUGCAUGAAAUAUGAUUAGUUUUUUUUGACCAAUUAACCCAUUGUAACCAUUUACACAAUAAAAGAUAUGUGGACUGUUUCCUGGA